AAUCCACAUAACAAAAAUUAGUACUCCAUACUUAGAACUGAGGGAAAUGGAUUAUCCUUUGUUACAUGAAUUCAAAAGGCAGGCUUCCUUCUUCCUCAAAGAGAAAAUCAAGACUGCUCGACUCGUGGUUACAGAUGUUACUCAUACUCAACUGCUGGCUGAAGAAGCUACAACUGGAGAUUUGAUUGCACCAAACAUGCAAACCAUGAGACUAAUAUCGCGUGCAGCCUUUGAAAUUGAUGAUUAUUGGAGGAUAGUUGAUAUUCUGCAUAACAGGUUUUCUUUAUUUUGUUGCAUUACUAAGUCAUUGAUCUUAUUUGUAUUUCCCUUGAUUUGGAAUCUUUGGUUUGGUGUGUGUUUGUUGUUCUUUACUCGAAAACAGAAAGUAUUGCAGAGGAAUUUCAAAGUGAUGAAGAUGUCAUCAUUCCAAUAUGUUGAUGAAAAAGGGUUUAAUUGGGGAUCAAGUGUUAGAAACAUGUCAGAGAGGGUUAUAAAACUAUUGGAAGACAGGAGUUUCCUGAAAAAGGAGAGGGGAAGAGCGCGAAAAGUGACAGUUGGAAUAAAAGGAUUUGGGAGUUUCUGCAAAUGUCCUGUUUCAAGCGAAGAAAGCAUGAAAGAAGCCAUUUCCGAGAGGUACCUGAGAAGCAAUUCUGGCUUUACUGAUUGCCACAACAAAGAGAACCAAAUCAUGGCCUCAGAUAAAGGGUUCUCUUGCAAGCAAAAAUUGGGAAAAAGUUGGAAUAUAGAAAGUGUUAUAGAUGAUACAACUGGUGAUGCCAUGGAAUGGAAUCAACAUCCAUUCUAUGGUAAUCACAGCCGAGCUUCAUUGUUUUACAUCUCUGGAUUAAGCGGCAAAGCAAUAUCACUAUCGUUGGAGAAGAAAAAAGAAGGGUAGGAUGAGAAGCUCUAUUUGAUAGAAGUUGUGUCAAGUCUAUGUAUGCUUAGGUGUGCUUUCAUGUCAAUGAAACUUUUCUUCCAACAGAGAGAUUCAUAGUUCAAAGACAUGUUAUAAAGCAAAUCACUUUAGACAUAAAUAUGGAUACUGUCAAUUCAUAGUUAUUUACACAACUCAAACUUAACCAGUCACUCCAAAGUUCCCCUUCUCGUUAGGUACUUGAAUAU